AUGAUUAAAUUUGUGAAAAAGGUAGUUGGUUUUGGUGCCUUUUUGAUAAUCUUAAUUGGCUUGGCUCUUUUAGGUUUUGGAGUGUAUGUACUCUAUAAAUAAGUAGGAUUGAAUUAUGCAGAUCUCUAUUUUAAUACUGCGAGUUGGUUAAAAACGUUAUCAGAAUAUGGGCUUCUAAUAUUGGGAGCUGUGAUCUUAAUAACUGGAAUUGCGGGUGCCAAAGGAUCCUCUUAGAAAAAGACAUCUUGCAGAGGGUGUUUACUAUUAACUUAUCAAAUCGGGGCUAUUCUAUUUUUCGUUUUGUGUACAGGUUUAGCAAUAGGCACUCUAAUAUAUUCAUCAGAUCUCUUUGGAUAAGAAUGCACCAACAAAGAUUAUUUUAAAUUGGUUGAUACUUAAAUCCAACAAGCAGAACAAAUCUUUUGUUCAAGCUAUUGUUAAUGCUAUAUCACCGAAGAAACAUUGAAUCGUAAUUAAACAGCAUUUGCUGGUAAGAACUAUACAACUGAUAAAAAUGUUGAAUAAAAAAUAGAAAAAAUUUAGGAAUGUCCAGGUUAUGAAGUUAAUGCUUACUCAGCUGCUGUUUCGUUGUUGGGGACUGCAGAACAAUUAUUGAAUUGCGCUGGCUGGUGCACUCCUGCUCCCUAUUAUAUAUUUAGUGAUAUAAAUGAUGAUUCAUUCAAUGGAGAGAGCUGUUUCAUAGAAACCAAGCACUUUGUAGAGUCGAGUGGAAAAACAUUGGGAUACGUCCUAUUAGGAUUAGGGAUAUAUUUUGGCAUAAAUGUUUUGUUUGUGCUUCUUAUAUGUUGUCAUUCAGAGAGAAAACAUAAAACUGAUUACCUCCUCUAUGAAACCUGA